CAUCGGUGAGAGACUCGCUCGGUCGCAGGCGCAGCUUCCCCACAUUCCCAUUCUCCACCCACCUGCGGCGGCGCAAGAAGAGAGGGAGAAGCGACGAGAUGUCGGCGACGACGGCGGCGGUGCCCUUCUGGCGCGCGGCGGGGAUGACCUACAUCGGCUACUCCAACAUCUGCGCCGCGCUGGUGCGGAACUGCCUCAAGGAGCCCUUCAAGUCCGAGGCCGCGUCCCGCGAGAAGGUCCACUUCUCCGUCGCCAAGUGGACGGACGGCAAGCAGGAGAAGCCCACUGUCCGCACGGAGUCAGAUGAGUAAAGAUCUGGUGCCAUGGUGACAGUCCUUUCUAUAGAUGUUUUGAAGUGUUGUUGCAAGCUCUGGCUGGAACUUGCUGUUUAGCUGGCUUGGUUAUAUGGUCAACGAAGAAUAAAUACUUUCUGUGACAAUUGAUCUGUUUGAACAAUGCCAUGUCAUUACUGUUGCUAAUUGCACUUGCUCUACUCAAUCCAUCCUGUGAACUUCAUGGAAAUUUUGCAAUUUGAUAUCGAAUAUAGUUUUGGCCAUCUCAAA